CGUAGAGCCUCCUGGCUGCGCCUCUACAUAGGACCCGGAGCGGGGAUGUGCCGCUGCUUCCGGGAGCUGCAUGAGGCAUUGUGUGCCGGCUGCUGGUGGCGCUGCUGAGUCUGUGUGAAGGGCUGCGGGGGCUCCCUGCCCCGCGCCUGAAGCCCUCAGACCCCCGGGCCGACUUCGACUCCAUCAUCAGCCUGGCCAAGAACCUGCUGAGUGACACCAAACACCUGUUCCAUCACUUUAAAUCCCGGUACCCAGCCGAGGGGGAGCACAAGAUGGACACGUUGCCCGUGCUGUCCAUGAGCGCUGUGGAACUGGCCAACAUCCAGGUGCCCGGGGGCCUGGCGCGGCUCAGCGCGGACCUGCUGAACUACCAGAAGCACCUGGAGUGGCUGCGCCGGGCGGGGCCGGUGCUGCGGCCCCUGGAGCAGGAUUUGGGAGCCCUGCACGCCCGGCUGGAGCGCCUGGUCAAGCGCCUGGAGCACCUGAUGUCCAGGCUGAACUUGCCCCGGCCCAGCGACCCGCUGCCCGUGCUGCCCUCGCACGGCACCCACUGGGCGGUGGUGCAGGCCGGCCACGCCCUCUUCCACAGCCUGCACCUCUACCUGGACUGGGCCGCCCGCGCCCUGGUUCUGAUCCGCAACAAGCUGUGACGACCGGCGCGGUGGGGGGCCCUGCCCCGGGGACACCUGGGGUCCCCCAUCCAGCAUUCCAGGGCACAGGGGUCCUGCCCCCCAGCUGUGGCACCCACUGGGCCCCCCCACACCAAUAGAGGGUGCAGGGACCCUGCCCCCAGCCAUGGCACCCAUAGGGCCCCCCCACACCAAUAGGGGGUGCUUGUUGGCUAGCCCCCCCGAUGUAGCAAACUCUUAUUUAUGCAACCCACUAUUUAUUUAUUUAUUUACAGUAGGAGAUGGGGGGGAAGGGGGCUCGUUAGCCUUUUCCUUUUUUUGUAUUCAUUUCUUGUUACAAUUCUCCUCCCCCCUCAAUCUGAGGGGGGGUUAUCAAGGCCCUUCAAGCCAAGGAAUGGAGAAGUGGGGCUAGAGGAGGAGAGUCUCAUCCCCCCUCCCCCUGCAUUUCACUCCUAUCCCUACCGCACUGGGGCUGUCCCAGCCCCUCCUUCUGUGGGACCCUGCUCUGUUUGCUUC